UUGUUAAUCAUGUGUGCAGUUAUGGAUGAAUAAAUGUUGAGCGUUUUUAGUCCAAGUACAUUUAACUAGCGGUGCUGCAAGCGGACAACGGAAAUGGUGCAGAGGCUGAACGUAGCGCGGCGGCUAAUCACGAGCUAGCAGGCUAGCUAACGUUAGCAGGAGGAGGAACGAUGUUCACUUGGCUUCUACCGCUUAGCAGCACAUUCUGACCUCGUAAUGGAAAUUUGGUGUUUCACGUUAUUAAAUGGUAACGUUUGGAACCUUGUGACUUAAAGGUUUUGAACAAAGUUUGUAAGUUUAAGCCGUUUAAGGUCAAACUUGAUCUUGGUCCCUUCAAAGAGUCUGCAUCGGGUGAAAGCAAGACAAGAUGCGCCGCUUUCACGUCCGUUUCCCAGUGAUGAGACUGUUUUAGCGCGAGUUUAAAGCUGUGUACUGAAUACAGGUAACGUUUAAAUAGUUCCCUUAAAAGCCAAUAGGUAACCUGUCAGAUUUAGAGAAGCACAGAAACGUUAAUUUCAUUAUCACGGACAAUAAUAAUACUUUAGUCAAUUUAAAUCAACAAAUUGUAAGCAAUAUAGCAUUAUUUUGAAUUAAUAUUCAAUGUAAAUGUGGCUAAAUUAGUUAUUUUCAAAUAAAUGUAAUGGAGGAAAAGGUUGAAACAUGGGUUGUUGUCAUAAAUCCACGAAUUUUAAUCGCGUUUGUAGAAAUGAGCAUAAUUAGUAAACUGUUUUUAAUCUUCAGAAGUGCGACAUCUUAAUUUCUCCCGCCUUGUUUUAUUUAUAACGCGGUGAUCUGAGCACGUGGCCAGGGUGAGCGCUCCUACCUGGUCACGUGACUCGAACCAGAAACUUAACGAGAAGGGAAAGCGAAACUUUCCUCCGCGGUUGGUGGCCUGUUUCUGUUCCCGAGCUGUCAGGAUUUCCCCAGUCUGGUGCACCCGAUCGUUAACAGCUCCCAGUACUUCAGACCAGUGCUGCAGGCUAGCGGACCGGACCGACCCACCUGAGAGGACUUUUCAGCCAUUCUGCGUCAGACACCUUAAACUGCCGCACUUUAGUUUAAUUUAUUCGUGUGCUGACAUUUCAGCUAAGACUCGUGUUGUGACUAACUUUGCUGUGAGGCGAAUCUGAAGCCGCAACCCAAAAAUCCACCUGAUUUAUUUGAAAUCACCUCUUUGUGCUUGAACUUCUAAAGCGUGCCCCACCCCAGCCCGGCUUUCCAUCUGUUUGGCUUCGCUUUGGAGGUCCGCUGUGCCACGAUACUGAAGCUGCACCUCAAGCUGCAUCGGCCCCCUUUUUGCUCAACCCCUGCGCUAUGAGCAGAGGUAGAGGCGGGGCUUAUAAGGAACACUACAGACAUCCAUCUCCCGACCUGCAGACCAAGCAGAACAAUUAUAGACCCGGCCCACGCCCACACCUCCUUCCCAGACCUGAACCAGAACAAUAUUCAAAUCUAAAUUUCUACAACGGCCCUCCUUGUUCUGUACAACCUCCACCCCGUCUCUCCCACUCGUCGCCGAACCUAAUCGGAGUGUUUGCCAAUCCUGCAGGCUUUGAUUACUCACAGAAACUCGGCGACCCUCCGGUUUCCAAUUCUUUCCAAGUUCAGCAAGUAGAAUUUCUGAGAGGACAGAGCUUUGAAGCCCCACAGUUUAGGGUCAGUUCACGAGGAGGAGGAGGAGCAUCGUCCAACCAGCCACCCAGCUCUUCAAACCAACCCCAGUCAGGGUAUUGUAGGUACUCAAACCCAAGGGGCAGAAGCCAAGGCCAGAGCUUUGCAUACUCACCCGGUACAGCUGCGUUCCGGGGCUCCCUAGCCCCUCGACAUCAAAACCAGUUUCCAAGUAGAAACGGCAACCAAAGAGCUUACGGUCCACGGUUUUCACAAACAGACGCGCUGCUUGGAAACUUUCAGAGUUUGUCUCUUGAAAGCAGGUCCAACAGAGGAAGACAAAGGUUUGACAAGCUUUCUUCGUCCGGCCGCUCAGCAAAUUUGAGACCAGCUAAAGAUGAGAUCAGGUUUACUCCUGAAAUACAAGACCAGGUGUACAGGGCUUUGGCUGCUUUGAGGCCCGGUGAGAGCACCACAGCUAGAGUUUUAUGCAAAAAGAUACACUUACCGAAAAGCAUCGUAAACAAAGCGCUGUACAGUUUGGAACGUUCAAAGAAAGCUUCCAAGCAAGACCUCGCACCUCCUCUGUGGGCUUUGUGCGGAGUUGGUGAAAGUCGAAUUUCCGAGACACAACCCCCCUCUCGCUGUUUUCUUGUACGACAUCCAGAAAGAGCCGAGUCCGACCCAGAAGCCAAAAACCAGGUAGAAGUCAAAGAAGAGGGUUCUGACUCAGAAUCCAGUUCUUAUUCUUCAUCUUCAGAGUUGUCAGACGCCGAAGAGUCUUUGUUACCAGCAGGUCAACUCAAUAAGGACGGAUAUCCUGGUUUAACCAGCUCUUCUGAUCAGGGGCCGACGUCUUCCAUCAUGUCUGAGCUAAAGGAGAAAAUACUGCAGUAUCUUCUGGAGUCAGGCCAGACAACGGCUCUCGUCGUAGCUAAAAACCUGGGCCUUAAGAACGCCAAGCAGGUCAAUUCCUCCCUUAAUUUUUUGGAGAAGCAAGGAGAGGUCACUAGAAAUAGUGAUGCUAGUCCUUUGAAAUGGGACCUCUCCCCCCAUCGCAGAAAGAAAAUGGAGAGGAGCCUGAAAGUUGCACAGCAAAACACCACCAUAGGUGGUCUGAUGGAGGUGAUGGACAGCAGAGAAAACGACGGCGGUGGUGGGUCCAUAUUUUUACCGUCAUCAUUACCGGGUCUUGAGCCGUUGCCGCUUCUGGGGGACUGGAUGCAAGAGCAGAGUCGUACAAACCCGAAAUGGAGACUCAUCAGACCAGGCAACAUUUUUCCAGUCUUCAACCGUCCAGUUUUGCAAACGUCUUUAACUUCAUGUAAGGAGGAGAACACAGAGGACCAGUGGGCCACAGAUGACAUCCCAGAAUUCCUCAACGCCAUCCGCAAAGAGACCGAUGCUAAGAAGCUGGCGGAACAGAUGACCAACUCUGUGGGAACCGUUGCCGUGUCGCUGGCUGCUCCUCCUCCACUAAACCUGUGGGCCAAACUACAGGAAGUGCGGCUGAAGAACCCCGUCAGCGGACUCAUGGAGUACGCCCAGUAUCUGGGCCACAACUGUGAGUUCCUGCUCCUGGAUCAGUCGGGACCCUCUCACGACCCACGGUUUCGUAUGCAGGUGAUGCUCAACGGGAGGCUGUUUCCUAUCGCUGAGGCUUCCAGUAAGAAGGUUGCUAAGAAGGAUGCCGCCGCAGCCACCCUACGACUGCUCCACAAUGAAAUGCAGGGAGGGUCGGCUGAUGGGAAUGUUGUCAGCGUGGAACAAGUGUUGGAUUUAGACACCAGUGUAAGUUCUGUUCUUAACUCAUUCACCGCCAUUUGCAUGUUUUUACUGUGUGGGCGUCGGACGAGCCCCCACACCGUGAGAACAAACAUCUCAGCUCUGAAGCCGAUCUUCAUCCGCGUACGUCACACGUCACGUGAUCAGGAAGCAGAACAUCCAUGUGUUAGGAGAUCGUUUUGGGCCGCUGCUGUAAAAAAAGUGAGGCGCGAACCGGAAAAUCUUCUGCCGAUCACAAUUCAACAACGGAUUAUGAAAGAACGGAUAACGCUCGAAACACGCGGAUUCUUCCUGAUGUAAGAGGUGAGUCUCCGCUUUGUUUUGGUUGUUUUGGCGUCGACAUCAUCCUAGCGCACAACGUUCUGUCACUCUUAAAAAAAACGUUAAAAACGGUGAGAACGCUGGCAGCGAAUGGCUUUACCGAUCAGGAAACGGCUGGCAGUGAACGAGUUAAUGAUAAAAUGAAAUCUUUUGUAUUUUUGGCAUAAAGAUCAAGUUUAGACCCUAUUGGCUUCAGCAGUUUUUUCAUUAAACAGCUGACUUCUUUGGGUCAGCAGUAGCUCAGGAGGUAGAGCGGGUUGUAGGGUCGGGCAUCGAGCAUCGA